CUCGUCGGUUGGUCACACAACAAACAUGAGAUUCCUUUUGGUAGCUUUACUCGCAGGCCUUUGCGCCGCUGUCUCCGUCCCCAAUGGUAAGCAUACAUUUUUUGGAACUAUAAAGUCUAAUUUUUAUACAGGCACUGGAUACCAAGCAUCACGACAGAAGGAAAUCUACCGUUUGUUCAAGUACGUGAACCAACUCAGCUACUACCCGGACCACAUCGAAAUUGGCAAGAGCUACCGCUUCUACGAGAACAAACCCGAAUACACGAAACCUGAAGCCGUUGAAGAAUUCUACAACUACUGGUACUACGGAAAGGCUCUCCAAAGAGGCGAGAUCUUCUCAGUGUUCUACCAAGAGCACCUGAAGCAAGCUAUCGCUUUGUUCAAGCUUUUCUACUAUGCCAACACUUGGGAGACUUUCUACAAGACGGCUGUAUGGGCUAGGAACAAUGUCAACGAAGGAAUGUACCUGUAUUCUCUUUCCGUUGCUUUGAUCCAUCGUCCAGACACCUACUACUAUGCUUUGCCACCAAUCUAUGAAGUGUACCCGUACUACUUCUACAACUCCGAAGUAAUCCAAGAAGCCCAGUUCUACAAGCAGAUGUACCGUGGUCAGUAUGGUGCUCAGUACAACGGCAAGACCAUCUAUGCUAACUACUCCGGGUACUAUUUGAACUUGCACCCCGAGCAGUCUUUGUCGUACUUCACCGAAGAUGUGGGAAUCAACUCCUUCUACUAUUACUACAACUUGUACUACCCUUACUGGAUGAACGGCGAAGAAUUCAACCUGAAAUACGACAACCGUGGUGAACUUUUCUACUACAUGUACCAACAAAUCCUGGCCAGGUACCACUUGGAACGUAUCUCGAACGACUUCGGCGAAAUCUCUGUCUACAACUGGGAAGUACCUUUCGAAACUGGAUACUACCCAUCGUUGACUUACCCAUCUGGAGCUCAAUUCCCAGUCAGACCCAACUACGCCCACUUGUAUGAGUACUUCUACAACUACGGCCAGAAAUACGGCUCCAACAAGUACGCCUACAGCUACAGCUACGUCCAGGACUACGAAAGGAGGAUCCGUGAUGCCAUCGACAGUGGCUACGUCAUGACCAAAUCCGGACAAGUAGUCGAACUUUUCACCCAAGAAGGCAUCAACACCCUAGGAAACCUGAUUGAAGGAAACCCAGACUCCCCCUACUACCAGUACUACGGCGCCUACCAAGUCUUCGCCCGUCACCUCCUGGGUUACUCUUUCACCCCCAUUAGCUACCACAAGCUCUACCCUUCGGCCCUUGAACACUUCGAAACCUGCAUGCGCGACCCCGCCUUCUACCAACUCUACAAGAAACUCAUCACCUUCUUCUUCAAGUUCAAGGCCCAACACUACAAGUACUACACCGACAGAGACCUCGUCUACGAAGGUGUGGAGGUCAAGAAUGUGGAAUUCGACCGUCUUGUCACCUACUUCGACUACUACUACGCCGAUUUGAGCAGCGCCGUCUACGUGACUCCUGAAGAAUUCGUCCAGGACUCCUUCAAAGUCCAAGUAGCCCAACAGCGCCUCAACCACAAAGCUUUCACCUACAAAGUCUACGUGGACUCUCAAACCGAAACCGAAGCCGUAGUUAAAGUAUUCCUGGGUCCUAAGUACGACGAGUACGGCCGCUACAUCAACUUGACCGAAAACUGGAUGAACUUCGUUCAGUUCGACCACUUCGUCUACAAGCUCAAGUCUGGUCAGAACGUGAUCACCAGGAACUCCCGCGAAAUCUACAACUACAUGCACGACAGGACUUCGUACUACCAAGGGUACCAGAAGGUUAUGGGUGUGCAAGAGGAGCAAUAUACUGCCAAGGGUAACCAAUACUGGUUUGGUUUCCCACAAAAGUACAUGCUGCCAAAGGGAUCUUAUGGUGGUGUGCCAUACCAGUUCUACGUUUUCGUUGCGAAAACUGUACCCUACAAAACCCAGAAGGCUGAUGUACCGAUGGUUGGUACCGGAUCUCAGUAUGUUGAUGCUUAUCCAAUGGGUUAUCCUUUCGACCGUCCAGUGUAUUGGGAGAAAGUGUUCUACACUAUUCCUAAUGCGUAUAUGUAUGAAACUAAGGUUUACCAUAGGGAUUCUGAUGCGGUUAACUAUUCUCAGCAAGAGUACUACAGGCAGAAGCAGUACUAUCCCGCGCAGAGGGACUACACCAACACCAAGAACUACAACUCGCAGCAGUACUACCAGCAGCAGAAUGCUAACCAGCAGUACAAGCAGCAGGGACAACAGUACAAACAGUACGGUUAUGGGCAGCAGUACUACCCUAAACCAAGCUAUGGCAUCGAUGAGUACUUCAACUAUUAAUGUAUUACUCUGAAAGGUUGACGUUUUUGAUUUAAAGGCAAUAUGUGAAAGUUGUUUGAGAAAUAAAAAGCAUUAAUUUUAAAA